AUGGAACCUUUCUCUGUUUCGAAUGAGAAGAGAUUGGUACGAGCUUAUGAGAUUUAUCCGAAGACUUUGUUUUUCAAUCAUGAUUGGCUUCCUAAUGCUUGUAGAUUUGAUUACGUUGACGCUGCUUCAGACGGUAAUACCGAUAUCGUGAUUAAGAUGAUACAUGUUCCUGAAGGUAGAGAAGUGUGUUUGAGUUACUUCCCUGUGAACAUGAGCUAUUCGAGUAGGCAAAAGAGAUUGCUUGAGGAUUAUGGUUUCAAGGUGAAUGUGAUCGGUGUAAAGUGGAAUCUAGUUGGUCGGAAGGGGAGGAUGAUGAGAACGAGGUGUGAGAAGGAGAAUUGUUUUGGCACUCUUGCUCCGCUUCCACCGAAGACUCAUGAUGCUUCGAGGUUCUUGAAUGUAAUGUUUGUGGAAGCCUUAAGGAGGAUGAAGUUGGCGUAA